CAUAAUCCAGUCCUGUCUUUUUUUCAUUUAGGAGAAACCCUGUCUUCCUAAGAUUGAUUGAGGUCUGAGAGGGGCCAGCUGGGAAUUCCAUUUAGAGGCAAAGUUCCUUAGAGGAACACCCCCCCUUUCAAGGAUGAGACAAGUACUCCGGCCAGUGACAUUUGUCUAUUGUUCUACAAACAGCAAAGCCUUCAUUUGCUGAGCACCGAGCUUGUUUGGCAAGAACCAUAUCCCAGCAACCAGUUCUUGUCAAUGCAAAAUGACUUAACUGAAAAAAGGAAACCGAAACAUUUGAUAACUUGGGGGGGGGGAGGACUUGGCCACUGCCUUUUCUGCCUUCUGAGAUGGGCUUACAAAAAUGUGGAGGUUGCUUGAGUUGCCUGUUAAUCCCCCUAGCACUUUGGAGCAUUGUUAUAAAUAUCCUGCUAUAUUUUCCUGACGGGAAAACGUUGUAUGCCUCUAGCAACAAUCUCACCAACUAUGUGUGGUAUUUUGAAGGAAUCUGUUUCUCUGGUAUUAUGAUGCUUCUGUUGGCAGCCCUUUUGAUAAUUUUGGAUCGAGACACCUUCCGAAAAUGCUGCCCAAGUGAAAGCUGUACCAAGACAUACAGGCGUUUCAUUUCAGUUGUGCUUGCCCUGCUAGGCAUUGCGUUCUCUGGAUAUAGUCUGAUCAUAUCUAUUUUGGGCUUAGUACAAGGCCCGUACUGCAGAACUUCAGCUGGCUGGGAGUAUGCCUUCAAAGACACUGUGGGCUGGUACCUCAUGGAUCACACUUCCUGGUCUGAAUGCUCUGAACCCGCUUACGUUGUGGAAUGGAACAUCAUUUUGUUUUCUAUUCUGAUAGCUCUUAGCGGCCUCCAAAUGUUGAUCUGCUUUCUAAAAGUGUUUGCAGAGUUAAAGCAGAUACUGUGUGGGACCUAUCCUGUCUUUGUUCAGCCUGCACAGAUCUGACAAUCAUGGGAAAAGACGCACAGAUGCCGACAUGCUGACAUGUCUCUGAUCAUACACACACACUGCUUCCAUCCCUUCUUCUCCUGGCUAUUUAAACUGUGAGCCCCCUUGGGCAGGGACCUUUUGUAUUUGCAGAUGGUAAAGCACCUACCUAACAUAUGUUAGAUGCAACAUGAAUAAAUAUUUGGUUCAUAAUAAUAA